CACCUAUCGAUAACAAUGGACGCGGGUACUAAAAUAUUAGUCGUGGGCGAUGUAAGGGGUCGCUUCAAGCAACUGUUCCAACGUGUGGAGCAAGUCAAUAAAAAGGCGGGACCCUUUGAGAUCCUGUGCUGUGUAGGCGACUUUUUUGGUGAGGACAAGCAAAACGAGGAGCUGAUUGCCUACAAAAAUGGAUUUAAACAUAUCACCGUUCCCACCUAUAUUCUGGGACCCAACCAAAAGGAGCACGGAAAAUACUUUGAGAAUUUGUCUGAUGGUGAAAUCUGCACCAACCUCACAUAUCUCGGCAGACGUGGAGUCUACACAUUAAGCAGUGGAGUUAAGAUAGCAUAUUUAAGUGGUUCGGAGGCGCCUGGCUCAGCAGACACCUCUAGGUCAGAACACGAAUUCAGUAAAGCCGAUGUUAUAGCCGUCAGGAACUCCUGUUUGGUAUCCAAGAACUGUUCUACAGAAUACAGAGGAGUGGACGUGCUGCUCACUUCACAAUGGCCAUAUGGAAUGAAGGAGAAGGAAAACGUCACAGCUUCGAAGUUGAUAUCAUUUCUCUGUCGGGAGAUCAAACCGAGGUAUCACUUCUGUGCCAUCAAUGGAACCCACUACGAAAGUGCACCUUUUCGUAUGCCGAAAGAUGAAACCACUCAGUUUGAGCUGUGCACUCGCUUUAUUUCACUCGCAGAUGUGGGAAAUGCCGAAAAAGCCAAGUACAUUUAUGCACUUAGUCUGAAGCCAGUGGACAAAUCACGUCUACUCGAUCUAGUUCAGAAGACUACCAACGAAAUACCAUGUCCUUUUAUAGGUUUAGAUUUGGGCGAAACCAUCACCAAAAACGAUUCUUCCGAAAAUAGACAGUAUUUCUUUGAGAUGAAUAGUGGCAACCGUAAACGACAAAACGGUGAUAAUAACAGAAAGGAUAAGCGUCCUAGAAUACCUCAGAUUGAGCAAGAUAAAUGCUGGUUCUGUUUAUCAUCACCCGAUGUGGAAAAACAUCUUAUUAUCACUGUAGGUGAACGCUUUUACCUGGCUCUCGCUAAAGGACCCAUAAACAAGUAUCACGUCAUGAUAUUAUCCACAAAGCAUGUGCCCUGUGCUGCUCAACUCAGUUCAGAUGAUUGGGAGGAGCUGGAUAAGUUCAAGUCAGCUUUACGAAAGUUCUUUAAAACCUUGGGAAAAGUUGUUUGCUUUACUGAGCGACAUUACAAGUCUGUUCACUUGCAGAUUAAUGUGCUUGCCUUUGAAGAAGGCUACGCCUGGAAAAUAAAACAUAGCUUUGAGGAUAAGGCGGAGGAAUUCAAUCUGGAGUUUGAGACUCUGCCAGUUUUGGAUUCCGAGAAAAUGCUACCAGAAAUGGGUCCUUAUUUCCUUGCCGAGCUGCCCGACGACAGUACUCUUAUCACGCGCCAAAUGAAACAUUUUCCCAUUCAUUUUGCCAGGGAUGUGUUCUGCUCGGAGAAUCUACUAAAUUGUGAUGAGAAAGUCAACUGGAAAGAUUGCCUUCUUGACAAGGAUGAAGAAGUGGCGUACGUUGAGGAUUUCCGAAAAGCUUUUGCACCUUUUGAUUUUACAGACGAUUAAACAAAGAACACUGUA